GCAUCAGAAUUCAUUUGUUAAUACAAAUGAUUUAUAAAUAUGCGUAGUGCCUCUAAACAAAGUAGACGUGAACAGGUGACUGUAAAAAUGACAUGGAUAUAAUAACAUUCCAAGUUAAGGUCUACAAGCGCAAUGUGUGCUAUCAUAGUUAAUUCUGGUAAUACGGAAUUCAAGUAUUUGCUAAAAUGAGAUAUCAAGUCUUGAUAAGUAUUCUUUUUCAAAUAUCAUAUGCAUUUUCAUACGUGCGUGUGGACAAUUUUGAAAUAAGUUACUCCAUUACCUAUGAAAGUUCAUGUCAUGCCGAGAAAGACAGAUUUCUAUUUAAGCUUGAAUCUUCUAUUGAAAAUUGUGUGAAGGAAUGCAGUUCGCGUCAACACUGUCAGGCCUUAAACUUUAGAAAAGGAAUUAACGUAUGUGAACUGUUUUCAACUUCUGAAUCAGGGCAGCUUGGCCGCGGAGAUUGUCUUCAUGUUGAAAAAGACGAUAUCAACGUAAUUCAGACUCCUUGUAAGAAUGACUGCAAAUAUGGUGAAGUAUGUGAGACCACUGAUUCAGGGAUAGGCAGAUGCGUAAUCAAAGAAUGCGUGAACGUGACCUUUCCAGACCACGGUACAAUUCUUGGAAACCAGAGAGAGGUUGGGAAAAAAAAUCGAUACAAAUGUGACAAGGGUUACAAAGAAAAGAAUGUCACACGUGCAACAAUUGCCGAAUGCCUGAUCACGGGAAAUUGGAGUGCCAAUGCUGAAUGUCAUAAGAUUAACUACACCUGGGCAACGUGGAUGGAUUGGAGUCCCUGUAGUUUAAGUUGUGGCAGCGGCAUGAGAACACGGGUGAGGAUCUGUUCGAUUGCUUCUGAAAACCUUAGCGAAGAACUUUGCCAAGAAGGCGACAAUGGUUCUGAGGAAGAGUCCUGUAAUAAGCAAAAGUGCCCAUCACCAACAAUUGGAAAUGAGUGCACGAAUGAUACCGACUGUAUUGAGACUGAAGGAACGUGCAUUGGGGGAAUGUGUUUUUGCAACCGACUUUAUCGUUACAACACGACUAUCAAGAAUUGUACAAAAGUGUGCCAGUCUAUGUCAAAUGAAUUUAUAACACAUAACAAUAUGCACAUCAUUGGCUUCAACAUUGGCGCUGAUAAUAUGAGAGAAAACACGAUAGGAGAUUGUGAAAGUGCAUGUAGAAAUAAUACGGAAUGUCUCUCAUUCGAUGCCGGGCAAGGAGGUAAUGAAUGCACGGCAGGAGCGGUUACAUAUGAGAUGAUAAAAGAUGCUGAUCCCGGCAAACUUUCCAAUUCACCUGGUUAUGACCUGUUUACGAGGAAAUGUAAUUAGCAAAACAAUCCUGUAAUGUAACAAAGUCCAAGAAUUAUGAUUUUGUAUUUGAUCUAAUUUACAAUUUCUGAAAAUCGAGAAGACGGUUUCCAUUAUGAAGGAAAUGUUUUCCUUAAACACUUAAUGAACAUUUGAAACAAAGCUGAACACAGUUUUUAUUUGGAAUUAUAGAUAAAAUAAUAAAAAUGUCAACACUUUGUACACUAAAUUAAGCAACUGAAAAUAUUAAACAAAGAUCUUAGGCUGUCUUAAUUUCUAGUGCAGCUUUUCACUAUGUAAUACAUAAGAAUUUAAUUCACGGCUCGAUUAAUUUGUUAAAGGCUAUUUACAAAACAUGGCCCAGGGGUUUGUACAAUGGACUUUAUUAUUUAUAUUAUUAGUAGUAGCAACACUAUGAAAACAUAUGAAAUCGAAAAAUGACAUUUCAUCGAAAAUGGAAUACGUACUAAACACGAAUGUUAAAUAUUACCUAUAAGUAAUCUUCUUACCUAAAUAUGGCAAGGUAAAUCAUGCUGAUUUCCCUUAUCGGCAGACGAGUCUAUAAAUUGAACUCUCAAUCGUCAAAAUGAAACUAUACUUUGAAUGCCAUGAUAAUUUGCAACAAUCAUUUGUUUAAUAAUAAAAGUGCAACCAAGCAAAAUUACUAGUGGACUCUGUUUGACACUGAGUCUACAUGUUCAUGGGGGCUUGCAACACCCAUCACACUGCCUAGCAUCGGCAUAACCGUUUUUAUUGCCAUAUAUCUAUUGUAGAUGUCGUUUAUUCUUUUUUUACGAAACUACGGUUGAUUUUAAAAUCUGCAACUGAACAAUAUCAAAUAAGCAAAAUAUAAAGGGGCAUUACUUACAAUGAUAUGUUUUAACAAGAAAUAUCUUGCAGAAAAUAUUGUCGGCGCAUUGCAGUUGUAAAACAAUUUCUGUAUUAAUUUAGUGUCUGCCCUUGAAAAACUUGACUUUGAAGAUCUGUUCUUAUGUAAGUGAUCCAUGAAAAAAGAAAAACGUUAUUCCAAAAUUGGUGGCAAGUGUUUGAAGGACAAGGGUAAAUGUUUAUACAGCAAUGUGAAUGACUUGUGUCUAGGAGUAAUUGUGUAUUUGAAAAUUGAUCCAUCCAGAAAUGAAUGAGUAAUAAGCAAGGUUAAACGUUUAAAAGACAAACGUGGGAUACCUACUUUCGUUUCGGCCAUACCUUCAGAUCUACACCAAUAAUGCUGUAUUUGGGAUUAAAAUCGUUUGAGCCACGCCAUGAGUAAACCAACUGCGCGUCUGGUCAGGAUCCAUGCUGUUCGCUUUCAAAGCCUAUUGCAUUUAGAGAAACCGUUAGCAAACAGCAUGAAUUCUGUCCAGACUGCGCGGAUGCGCAGGCUGCUCUGGAUCCAUGCUGGUCGCCAAGCCACUAUGUUGAUUUUCUCAUAAUACGGCUCAAUUGUAGUGGUUUCAUUCUACAGCUGAACAUCAAACGAGAAAAAUAAAAAUAUUUGCAUGAAAAUACUUGUAGUUUACUAUACAAAAUUGUAACAUAUACAUAUCAGGCUCUCAAUGAUCAAUUACUAGCUUAUGUAGCCAAGUCUAAGAAUUUAGUAGUGCCGAAAUGUCGGACAGUGCGAUCUGCUGACAGGAGCUUUCAUACAGCAGCUGCGAGGUUAUGAAAUGCCCUCCCAUUUGGUAUGAGACAGUAAGACCUUGCAAAGUUAAAAAAGCGCUAAAGACGCAUUAUUUCAUACAACUCUAUAGGGACUGAUGUCCAGGUACUUGGCCGGUCAGUCAAGAACUCCAGUGUGAAAAAAUAAUAUAAAGUCUAUUUUCACUUGUGAUUUAAUAUUUUAUACUUUGUAUAUAUUUUACUAUUUUGUUGUUGUUGGUAUUGUUGUUGUAAUUGGGAGUUUAAUCUGUUAAGCUUUAACUUAAAACUGUGUGUGUUUUAUUACCGUAAUGAAAUUUUAAAUUUAAGAAAUGAUAUUUCUUAUUUUGUGAUUUGUCGCUGAAUAGAAUCAUUGUUUGGAGUUCAGAUAAGAAGGAAUUAGAUCACGAGAGUGCAGCCCGAGUGAUAUAGAAAUACGCUUCUUAACAACAAUGAUUUUAUUCAAGAGCAAAUCACUAAAUGAGUGUAUUAUUUCGAUUCUAACACGUUACCAAGGAUUUUAAAGUACAUUCUUGACGACAUCCGUUAAAUAUUUGCCGGAGUUCUGUUGAUUUCUUUUCUAGCGCCCCGCUAUGCCUUUUGACUCUCUGACGUAAUAAUUGUGACGUCAGAAAAAUGACUGGUUGUACAAUUACAUAAAAUGUUCAGCCUUUUUUUUAAAAAAAGGAAAAUGAAUCGGGUCGUGUUAGAAUCUUUUUUUAAUUAUAGUUUAAUUUCCAUUUUAUGUAUAAAUGAUUUCACCAAGAGAAAGUAUUGUCUCAAGAAACCGUUCAUUAUCAGGUAGAUUUAAAUUGACUGCGCCUGAAAACAUGCAGUAUAUUAGUUAUAUGACCAUACACAGUUUUUCAUGUAAGUUUAUAAAAAAUAGUAUUUAAACGGGACUUUAUUUUUAUCAGACAUACUUAUUUUAACAUUUAGGCAUACCAAUAUACUUGCUAGAUGUACUAACUAAACUGUAACAGUGUCAUUCAUGAUGAAAGCUUUGUCAUUUCACCCAGCUUGGUACAAGACACAGAGUGAAAAAAUUGAACUCUUCCAUCCAGAACAUUUCACAGAAAGCCGAUUAUCCCAUCACAGGGCUGCAUGCUGUUAAUCAGGUUAUAUCGGACGGAUUCAUUAUGGUACAGUCAAUAAAAUAAAAAUUAAUAUUGUAAUGGCAAGAUAUUAUUCUAUGAAACAAAACAGAAUUAUAAAAUUGUGUAAAAUUAUAAUUUUGUGUUUUAAAUCCAAAGCAUGGGAUCUGCCACGCUUCUUUUUUAAUAGAUGUAUUUUUCGCGAUUAUUUAUCGGUUGAUAUUAUACGCUAAAUAAAAACAUUCAAUGGAGAUAUAUGUAUUUGUUUUAUGGAUUUAGAUAAUCUGGUACACUUGUAUAUAUAAUGAUAGUGCUUGAUGUUUGUUUACCAAAGCACUUUUGAAGUUUUUCUAUACGAGGGGAGACAACAAUGAAUAUCUGAUAUCGAACACUUGCUUGUAUUUGUAGGAAACAACAUAAAAUUAUUGUACAUGUAUAUUAUUUUAUUAUGAUAAAUUCAGAUUCGAUUUAGUGAGCGAUUUGGAAUUAUUACUGACUGAAUUUAAAUUUGACCAGGACAGGACUUGGGCUAAUUUUGUGUAUUACAAUUGAAUUUUCUGCUAGUUAACAGUUUCAAGGUAUCUGAAUUGUAACCUUUCAAAAAAAAUUUUGUUUUAUUGUUAA